AUGCUGAAGAUGCAAGAAUCAUCUUUCUUGGGUGUGGAGGGGGCCACAUCAUUGAAGGCUGAGAUUACCGGCAAGAUUCCUGAACUGAAUUCGGCAGCGCAUUACCGAUCUGCACGGAAGCUGGUGCAGGACUUGGGGGGCGCGCCUGCCUUGAAAGAGGAGCUGGUCUAUUCAGGCUAUGUGGAUGGUGAAACAUCAAAGCUGACAUUGCUCGACCGGCCAAUGAACAUUUUUGCACUGCUGUCCAGCGGCACCAUGAAGCAGCCAGAAUCGGCGGCUGAGCAAGACAUGCUUGGCACGUUCAAGAGCAAGUUCAUGAUAUGCCGGAACAAGCUGGAGAACGACAUAAACUGGGACAAUCCGGACAUGAAGUGGGUCAAGACUUCUUCCAUGGCGCGCUUGCACCGAUUCUUGACAACACGAGACCUCCACUACCAGUGGUUCAACCCUCUGAUCUUUGGGUUGGUUCCACCCGAUGAUGAUGGAGUGACCGCAAGGUCAGCUCUGGCUGAAGUGGAGCAGAUGAAGUCCGCAGCUCUGCUAUUCGCCAAAAAUGCAGGCUGGUCGGACAAGGUUGGCCUUUUUGUGAACGUGUUUGGCCACAACAAUGUGAACUCGCUGUUCAUCCAUGUGCUGGACAUGUCUGAGCUUGGACCUGCGUUCAGCUACCAUUCUUUCAAGAACUGCCCUCUUGAUGACGUCAUCAAGGUUCUCAGAGAGGAGGCUGCCAGCAACUUUCUCCCUGCUCCUGUAAAGACCACUGAUCUCCCUGGCCUGAUGGAGAAGGCAGGGGCGCGGCGCCGCCGCAUGUCCAUGAUCGGUGAGACGCGCGCAGGUGGGGGAGGGAACUUCUUCUUUGCAGGUACAGACGGCGCAACUUCAGUGAAGGCUGAGAUUGUUGGACGACUGCCCAUCAUCAAGGAUGCGGCAAGCUUUCGUGCAGCGCGCAGAAUGCUUACAGAGGAGCUAGGCGGCAUGCCGACCCUCAAGGAGGAGCUGAUGAGGUCAGGAUUCAUUGACCCUGUGACUGGCAAUCUUACCACCGGCACACGCCCUUUCAAUGUUUUUGCUCGGAUCGCUGGCGGAGUGAUGUCGCAGCCCGGCAUGGACAAGGAGCAGGAGUACUUAGGAGAAUUCCAAGACCAUUUCAUAAUUGCUUCAAACCUUCCAGCCAAUGAUGAGCAUUGGGACUCAGAGGAUAAGGAGUGGGUGGGUAAGGCUUCAAUGUCGAAGCGCCAUCGUUUUCUGACAGUUCGGGAUCUACAUUGGCAGUGGUUCAAUGUCCUCGGCUUUGGCCUUCUGCCAGAAACGAAGGGCGGAGCAGGACUUGGCCGAGCGAUUGCUUUGAUCGAAGUGAUGAAGGCAGCUGCGAUCAGAUAUGCGCAGAACUGUCCCGGAUGGAGUGAUCGUGUGGGCUUGUUCUACCAUGUCUUCGGACAUAAUUCUGUGAAUUCUUUGCACUUGCACAUCCUGGACAUGGCAGAGCUUGGGCCCACAUUCUGGCACUACGAGUACAAGAACUGUCCUUUGGAUGUUGUGCUCAAGGUGCUGAAAGAAGAGGCUACCUCGAGCGCAAUGGGUUCUGAGAAUUAUGGUCUGAUGGCAGAGGUUACAGAAGCUGCUACAGCAGCCGCAAAGGCAGCUGCUGCAGCUGCAGAAGCAGCUCUCUCUGCACAGCGUCCAAGUGUGAAGGGUCCAAAUGGGGUGGAGAUUUUGACUAUAAAUGUUGGAGGAGAGCUGCUGACUGUCAGCCGGCAGACAAUGCUGCAGGCUCCAGAAGGUAGUCGUCUUAGAACUCUCUUUCAGGACGACAAGCUCCGCAUGUCGCAGCUUGAUGCGAACCAGCGGCCCUACCUGAACUAUCCGGCACCCGCCUUCAAAUGCAUUGUCGAUCAUUUGAGGAUGUUAGCAGAACUUCCGCCGACAAAUGCCGUAGAGCCUUUGGUUGCGCCUCCCUGGCUUGACAGGCAGGUACGUGAGUUGGCUUGGAUUCUGGGCGUCGAGGAUAUGAUCCUGACUCCGCAGUAUGGGUCGAACUUCGGCACCCCACGCUUGCCAAGUCGGGCUAGAGGAUCCUUCUGUUGCAUGAGGAGACGGCCUCAGGGGCAUCCAUCCGGAGACGAGGAGGCGGAAGCGUCCGCUUCCGCCUCCAAGGUAUGA